AUGGCCCAGCAACCUGACGGGGAGCCAUUCGUUUCCUCCCUCUGGACGAGAUCCCUAAUCUUGACUGCUCCCUCUACCCACUGGAUACAAUCAAAACCCGCCUCCAAAAAGCACGCGACCCCCUCGCACCAGCAGCAGCCCGCCUCUCUCUCCACCAAACCAUCCGCGGCAUCUACGCAGGUCUCCCCCUCCGUCCUCUUCGGGUCCGCCCCCUCAGCAGCCUCCUUCUUCAUCGUCUACGAUGGCGUCAAGCGCACCCUCCUCCCACCCGGAGGCUCAACCCAACCCCAAUCGAGAACACACAUAAUCCUCACACACUCCCUCGCCUCCUCCCUGGGCGAGAUAGCCGCCUGCGCCGUCCGCGUACCCACAGAAGUAAUCAAACAGCGCGCCCAAGCCGGCCUCUUCGGCGGAUCAAGUCUUGCCGCCCUAAAGGAUAUCCUCUCCCUCCGCCAUGCCGCCCCAGCGUCCGCCACAAAGCGCGGCUACGGCCAAGUCGUACGCGAACUCUACCGCGGCGCGGGUAUAACCAUCGCGCGCGAAAUUCCCUUCACAGUGCUCCAAUUCACAAUGUGGGAAUCGAUGAAGGAAGCCUAUGCAAAGCGCUAUCUGCGUCCCGCCGGUACUGUGUCUUCCGUGACUGAAACGCAGAUUCCGGCUUCGACGAGUGCUAUGUUUGGUAGUGUGGCUGGAGCGAUUGCGGCUGGUUUGACGACUCCGUUGGAUGUAAUUAAGACGCGGGUUAUGCUUGCGCGCAGGGGAGAUGGCGCUGGUGCGCCGGUUAGGGUUAAGGAGAUUGUCCGGGGUAUUGCCCGUGAGGGGCCUGGGGCUUUCUGGAGGGGUAUUACGCCGCGUGUUACUUGGAUUGGUAUUGGUGGUGCUGUUUUCUUGGGCAGUUAUCAGUAUGCUUGGAAUACGCUUGAGGGGAGGAGGGAAUAUAAGAGAGAGGCGGGGAUUUGA